AUGAACGGCAAAGGGCCCUUCCCAGGCCAGCCCUUGUUCCCCGGGCCGGCCCCCCCCGGGUACCCCCAGGCCCUGCCCCUGCCGCAGCCGCCCCCCUACCUGGACCCCGCUCCUGCGUACCCCGAGCUCUACCGCCUCAGCUUCGUGCCCCUGGGCGCCGCUGGCGUCCCCCCCGUGUCCCCAGCGUACCCAGGGGUGUCCCUGUACCUGCCCCUGGCGCCGCCGCCGCCCGUGGGGGCUCUGGGCUCCCCCGUGGCCUAUUUCCCCCUGGGACAGCUGUACCCACCGGGCUCCACCCUGCUGCUGGACGGCGGCUUCGACACCGCCGCCAGGCUGGGCACGGGCGGCACUGCCAGCAUCCCGCCGCCGCCCGCCGGGUGCCCCCCGGGCGCGCCCCCGGUGCCCGUCCCGCCCGGAGCCGCCGUGCUGCUGCCCCCGCGCAAGGGGGGCUUCCCGGGGGGGGCCGGGGGCGCCUUCAGCCUCUGGUGA